AGAAACGAGUUUCAUCAUGUAUCCUUCCUUCAUCCUUCUCGGGCUUCUUGCCCUCGGUGCCUGCGCAGAGAUCUCGACCGUCCACGUUAUUGUCAAACGUGCUGUGACAUACGCACAAACAUGCACCUAUUACAGCACAGUGACAGCCGCUGGUGCUCAACUCACCACCUCCUUCUUCUCUUCAACUUGCAACUCGCCUCUAGUGUCUGGACCUUUCGUUACCCAAGAUUGCUUCACUGGACUUGCUCUAGGAAUAUCGUCAUGCUCGGCUGCAGUAACGGCUAGUGCUUGUGCUCCCAGCACAACCACAAGAACAUCCACGACCUUUUUUCUAAACCUUGGGGUUUUAAUCCCAAUCGGCACAGGAACGACGACUAUUACUACAUCAACAUGUUCAGCCACAGCCUUCCCACCCAAUCCGCUACAACCUGCCGCCGGAACAGUUUGUCUAGCAGACAAUAUUGGUGGCGUACGCUCUCUGUCUGGCCCUUCUACGAGUUCAAACUCGAUGACCAACGCAGCUUGCAAGACUUAUUGUACCAGCCUUGGAUUUGCAUAUUCUGGCACUGAAUAUUCCUCUGAGUGUUACUGCGGCAACACACUUCCUACAGUGUCCUCGUCUUCAUGCAAUAUGGGAUGUUCUGCUUCCGGAUCAACAGAGAUCUGUGGAGGCCCCAAUGCUCUGUCGGUUAGCACCAAUUCUGCUCUUGUAACAUCAAACAUUGCGGCAGCAUCUUGGUUCGCUCAAGGAUGUUACAGUGACAACUAUCCUUCGCGAGUUCUCGCUUCGACGUCAACAACAUCCUCAACACUGACUAUCGAAAAAUGCAUUACCUUCUGUAAUGGUGCAGGCUAUACUCUCGCUGGACUAGAGAACGGGUAUGAAUGCUAUUGCGCCAGUACUAUACAGUCUGACGGGUCAACCUACGGUGUUGGCGGUCAGGCAGGAUGCACCUUUACCUGCUCAGGCAACUCAACGCAACUCUGCGGCGGCAAUAAUGUUCUCAAUCUCUACUCGAAGAACUCAGGCGCACCGACUGUUGCAGCAGCCGCGGCUCCUGUUCCGGCAACGGCAAAUGGUUACACAUAUGUCAAUUGCUACGCGGAUCAGACCUCAGCGGGCCGAACACUUACAGUCAACAAAUCGACCAUUACGUCAGUAGAAGCCUGCGUCACAGCCUGCAAUACGGCAGGCUUCAAAUAUGCUGGAGUUGAGAACAGGAAUGAGUGUUGGUGUGACAAUGUUAUCCACACCUCAACAACCCUUGCCCCCAAAAAUUGUCUUUUACCAUGUACUGGAACACCCAGUGAAAGUUGCGGUGGUAUCAACGCAAUUGGUAUCUACCAGGGUACAGCUUCUACGAAUGUCAGAAUUCCAGGAACUGCUGGAGGAUACACGUAUCUUGACUCAUUCGUCGAUCCAACUUCAGCUCGUCUUCUACCUAUGCAACAGAACCUAGCCUCAAACACGGUUGGCAACUGCGCACGAGCUUGCUCCAAUGGAGGCUAUUCGUAUGCUGGAGUAGAAUACGGAUCGCAAUGUUUCUGCGGUUCUUCUUUACCUGGCAGUCCUACGGGCGGACAGACCCCGAAUAUACAGUGUACAGGCAACAGCUCGCAAUUCUGUGGAGGAAACAACAUAUUACAAGUCUACAGCGGAACCCCGGCACCAACAGUUCUAACUCCACCUGUCACUAAUGGUCAAUGCGUGGCCGACAACACCAAUAAUGUACGAACACUCUCCACUUCUGGAGGCUCAUCAUCAAGCAUGACUCCAGCAGCUUGUAAAACAGCGUGCGUAGGCUUUGUAUACUAUGGAGUUGAGUAUGGCUCUGAGUGCUGGUGUGGUAACAGCUUCCCUUCUUCAACCGUGGUUAGUACACAGUGCACUAUGCAAUGCUCUGGAGAUGCAGCACAGACCUGUGGUGGCAGUUGGGCUCUUAACAUGUACAAUUCCUAGUACCUUCCGUAUUGAGAUGGUUAAAGCGUGACGAGGAAUGAG